AUCAUCUUUUGCACACUUGUUGCUGCAUUCUCUCUUCCCCCUUUCUUCACUCCUGCCUAUUGAUCUUCCUUUUUCCCUCCUCCCUCAUCCUCUGCAUCUCUUACCUUUUCCCUUCUCUCAUCCCCUUUCCCUCUUAUUAUUUUUUUUUGAAAGCAUUCUCCAUGAAGGGUUUGAAGGGUGUCUUAUCCAGGACAAAGUCCACAGGCACCUCCGACGGCUCAAAGAAGGGCAGAGGCGGCUCCUCUGUCUCCCCAUCAGUUACGUCCAACGAAGGGGCUAAAGGUCCUUCUCAGCAGCCAGCCAACAACAUCAACCCCACUACCACUGCCAACGGACAUCCCGGCCAAAUAGCUGCAACCGGAAGCUCAUUUACCUUCAGCAAUCCCUUUGGCAAGAGCAGCACACCAGACCCUGCAAGCGUGGCUGUUAGUAGCAAGGAUCAGCAACAGCAACAGCAACAGCAACAGCAACAACAGCAACAGCAACAACAACAACAGCAGCAGCCUCAACUACAGCACGACAGAAAUAAUCCUCCGACGAUUGUGAUCCUAAAUGCCGAGCCUCCUAACCAACAGCGCCAGGAAAUGGAGGCUCCAAGUGUGCACUCUCCUCUCAGUCCAGCAACACACCUGAGAUCACCCGGCGAAAAAGAGGUUCCCAAGAGCGGCCCCAUUAACAGGAUGAAAAAUUCACCCAAGGACGCCAUCCCAAUCAGUAGAACACCACGUCGACAGCGGUCGUCGAGAUUCCAUGUGACAGAACGCGUUACCCUGGAGAGAUUGGAGGCGCUGGAUGAGGUAGCACAAAUUGAUCGACAGGAACUGUUUUUGAGAAAGAUCGGUCAAUGCAGCGUCGUCUUUGAUUUUAAUGAUGCGUCUUCGGAGCUCGAGGGCAAGGAUAUUAAGCGCCAGGCACUGUCAGAAAUCUUGGAGUAUAUCACCAACAAUCGAGGCGUCAUUACAGAACCAGUAUAUCCUGUAGUGAUCAACAUGUUUGCUAUCAAUCUUUUUCGAACAAUACCUCCGCAGGUGAACCCAUCCGGCGAUGCGUUUGACCCUGAAGAAGAUGAGCCGGUCCUGGAAUUGGCCUGGCCGCAUCUGCAGAUCGUGUACGAAUUUUUCCUCCGAUUCAUCGAAUCCCCCGAUUUCAAUACCAACAUGGCGAAAAAAUACGUCGACCAUCACUUCAUACUUCAGUUGUUGGAGCUGUUUGAUAGUGAGGAUCCCCGUGAGCGAGACUUUUUAAAGACAACGCUGCAUCGCAUCUACGGCAAGUUCCUGAACUUACGAGCAUUCAUUCGGCGAUCGAUCAGCCAUGUAUUCUUCCAGUUUAUCUACGAGAAAGAACGACAUAAUGGCAUUGCGGAAUUGCUAGAGAUUCUCGGAAGUAUCAUCAAUGGAUUCGCACUUCCCCUCAAGGAAGAACACAAGACAUUCUUGACGAAGGUCCUACUGCCGCUCCACAAGGCCAAAUCACUCUCACUAUACCAUCCACAGUUGGCAUACUGUGUUGUCCAGUUUUUGGAGAAGGAUCCAACAUUGACCGAAGAGGUUGUUCAUGGACUUCUGCGGUUCUGGCCCAAGGUGAACAGUCCAAAAGAGGUCAUGUUUUUAAACGAAAUCGAGGAGAUCCUUGAUGUGAUUGAGCCUCUAGAGUUCGUGAAGAUUGAGGGUCCUCUGUUCACUCAGAUUGCACGCUGUGUCUCUAGCCCUAAUUUCCAGGUUGCGGAAAGGGCGCUCUACUUCUGGAAUAACGAGUACAUCGUCAACCUGAUCCACGACAACGCGAAUGAAAUUUUGCCAAUUGUAUUCCAGUCCCUGUACAAAAACUCUAAAGCGAAUUGGAACAGGACGAUCCAUGGGCUUGUUUUUAACGCACUGAAGCUCUUUAUGGAUGCGACUCCAAAACUAUUUGACGAAUGCACAAAUCACUACCGCCAGGCUAGGCAAGACGACAGAAAGCGCCUGAUGGACAGAGAGAAGUUGUGGCAGCGACUAGAGCAACAAGCGUCUAACAACUACGCUAAUCUGAAAGCACAAGGUGCCGUAACGACAGCGUCCCCACCUGUGCUAUUAGCAGAGGCACCACUGGCACUUUCAGUGUCCUUUGAUCAAGAUGAUCUGACAGACAUGGCAGUGGACGAGGACCUUGACAGUACUGGGACCGCGGACCAGGAUUUGUACAGUGGCGAACUUCAGACUUUUGAGAACAAUGGCCCAGUGACACAGCAAUUCCGUCGAAAGUCCAUCAUACCUGUGGAUGAAACUGUGCUGACAGAGUUGUCUCGCCACAAGAGUCUGGACGAGGUUUUGGGCAUGAACCAGCAUUCCCGUAGCAGCUCUAAUGACUAGUGAAUCAAUAACAAAGAUACGAAAAUGAACAACUGAGCGAUAAAAAAAAAAGGAGAAAAAAGCG